AUGUCGAAAACGAACCUGUGCAAAUUGGAAGACCCUAACGCACCUGAACCUGGUGAACACUGCUUCACACCACUGUUGCUAGCUGAUGGCUCCAGUCAAUACAGCGUCUCAAAAGAUGAAUUUUACAUUGAAAACAAGAUAAAGCUUCCAGAAGAGACUUGUGAACGAUGUGUCCUACGAUGGCAUUACAGAGCAGGUAACAACUGGGGAGAAUGUGGUGAUGGAAGUUCCGGACUGGGAUGUGGACCUCAAGAAACCUUCCGUUCUUGUGCCGAUAUCAGCAUUGUUUAGUUUAAACUCUAUUUUAACCUUGGUUUAAUUAGCUAAUAAUUAGGUUUCAAAUACUCUAUUGGGCAUAUUUUGCUUUUCUGCCACAUCUAAGUACUUUUGUAUUUGUAUGUAAUAAUAUUUAUAAAUAAUUUAAUAAAUAUUUAUUUUUUUCUAUA